AUGCUUUCAGUGUCACCCAGUUCAAUCUGGAAACUAAGCGUUGUUUUGGCCGUGAUUUCCCUUGUCAGCCUACCCAUCGAGCUUGUCGAAGUCGAACGGCACACCCUUUCACGAAGAGCCGCGAUCGGUACCGUAGCCAAUGACGUUCGCUGCGGUGACAACUGGGGUACAGCUUCUGUUCCAGUACCAGCUGGCCAAGUCUCUUGUAGAUCAUACAAUGGGAAAAAUAAAGGUCUGCCUUACUUUUGCACAAUGAAUAAAUGCCAUUAUGGGAGCAAAAAAGAUAAGAUACCACCUGCGGGCUACUCUCUCAGCGACUGGCGCUUUAAGGACUGCACACGCUACCCCAAUCAAGGAGAGACAGGGAAACCAACAGUUGUAAAGUCAAUGUCUCCAAUUCAAAUCUGGGCCCACAAUACUAAAGCAUAUUUAGUUGCCACAGGGUGGGAUGAUCCGUUGAAUAAAAUAACACGUACGUACAAAUGCUCAUGGGUCAAUUUUAGUGAUGCAAACAACCAAAGACCUACAUGUCAAGAAUGCACACUCCAAGCCUAUGAAGACCUUCCUGAACCAAUUAUCACUCCCUAG